AUGUAUGUCCUAUUUUCAGUAUUAGAAAUUAUUCGUAUGGCAUUAUUUACACAAUACAGAUCCGGAAAUGUUCAAUUCUUUAUCAUCUUCAUUGUUUUAACUCUAAUUCCGACAAUAGUUAUCGAUAUUUUAUGGAUGUUCUUCGUAGAUUCACGUACGGCGUUCGAUUAUAUAGCAAUGAGCGCAAUGGCAAUAAUUCACUUUUGCGCACUAAUUGGCGGAAUAAUUGGCGUUAUUAAACUUAACAAUUAUUCCACUCGCUUCUACAGAUUCCGCUAUGGAGUCCCUACGGCCGAUGCUAUUGAAACAAAGCUUGUUUCCGAUUAA